AUGGGGGCCCCCAAGCUAAGCAAGAGGGAGGGGCCCCAGCUACCCAAGACGGGGGGGCCCCCAGUGGGGGUAUCGGAGGCAGCAAAAGAUCCUCUUGCAGCUUUUCUUCAUUUUCGAUUCGAAGUAGAAGAAAGACAGCCCGUUGUAUACCUCUACGAACUCCAAAUCAAGGAGGAAUACACCUCAGAUGAAUCUUGUCCUUAUUGGCUGCUGCAGCAGCACAUGCAGCAGCAGCAGCAGCAACUUGUUGCUGCAGACAGCAGCAGCGAAGAAGAAGAACCUGAAUAUGAAAUACUUAAGAAGGAAAUCAUUCCGUAG